AUGUCCACCCCAGACUCUUCAAAACCCAAGCCCCAUCGGGUCCUCGCCUGCGUUCUCUGCCAACAACGCAAGGUCAAAUGCGACCGCACGUUUCCCUGCUCAAACUGUGUCAAACAUGGCGUUCAGUGCGUCCCAGCUACUCAGCCCCGGCAACGAAGGCGGCGUUUUCCAGAGCGUGAGUUGUUGGAUAGGCUGAGGAGGUAUGAGGCGUUGAUGAAGCAGAAUAAUGUCAAAUUUGACCCGCUUCAUGAUGAUCAUGGGUCCGAGAAGAGCUCGCCGAAUGAUUAUCACUCCGACAGGGAUGAGGAGGCGUCGCAGGGUAGGGCUGAGGGUGUAGCUGAGGUCAAGAACAUUUGGCAUGCAAUGCGCCAAGGGUAUCGAGACCCUAACGACAGCUUCUUCGAGACAGCCAUCAGCCACGCCCAAGAUCAAUCCUACAACAAUGAUGAACACAUGCUUUUCGGCUCCCGUCAAACAGCCGUCGAGCUCUAUACUCUUCAUCCAGAACCUGCUCAACUCUUUAGGCUCUGGCAGGUAUACCUCGACAAUGUCAACCCUCUCCUAAAAGUCACGCAUACACCUACCCUCCAAGGUCGCAUUGUCGAAGCUGCGUCGAAUCUCAAAGAGGUCCCUCCAACUCUUGAAGCUCUCAUGUUUGGUAUCUACUGUAUGGCUAUACUCAGUCUCACCCCCGAGGAGUGCCAGGCCAUGUUAAAACAGACCAAGGAAGAGCUCUCUACGAGGUUUCAAUUCGGUUGUCAGCAGGCGUUGUUAAACAGCAACUUCCUCCGUACGGGUAGUCGAGAGUGUUUGACUGCAUUAUUCCUCUAUCUCGUCUCCAUUCGCUCAGCCAGCCACCCAAAGUCCAUUUCAUCCAUGCUCGCCGUCGCAAUGCGCAUCGCUCAACGAAUGGGUCUCCAAAGCGAAAACAUUAACGCCAGAAGCAGCGUUCUCGAAGCAGAAAUGCGUCGACGACUCUGGUGGUCGCUUGUUCUCUUCGACUCCCGAGUUAGCGCUUUGGGAGAUCAUAAACCUACGAGUCUAGCCCCAGGUUGGGAUUGCGCUUUACCUAUGAACGUCAGCGACUCUGAACUUCGGGAAGAAACAAAAAAUGCGCCAAAGGUCCAAGAACAAGCUACCGAAGCUAUUUUUGCUGUUGUGAGAAGUGAACUGGGUGAUUAUACUCGGAAUAGUCCGUUUUACAUCGCGUUUACGAACCCUCUUAUGAAGCCUUUGGCCAAGAAGCUUCCCGAAGGUGGAGAUGUUACUUUAGAAAGAAUGGUCGAGGAGAAGUACCUCAAGUUCUGUGAUGUUGACAACCGUCUUCACUACAUGACGCUGUGGACCGCGAGGGCUAGUAUCGCAACAUGCUGCCUAAUGAACGACUUCCUCGUCUAUCUCGAAUCAUCAGCUACAUACAACCAAGAAAACCACGAAUCAGCAGUCUCCUACGCCAUUGAUUGGCUAGAAUGCGACGAAAAACUAUCAAGUUCACCUCUAACGAAAGGCUUUCGAUGGUUUCUACAGCUUUACUUCCCUCUUCCAGCCUACAUAAGAAUCAUCCAGCACUUGAAAACCCAGCCGUUCAGCAGCAUUGCGGAAAGGGGAUGGAAAGUCAUGAAGGACAAUUAUGAAGCUCGGUCUCAGGGAGCAUCUGUCGACAGAUGGCAUCCCAUCUUCAAGCCAUUUGCGAAUAUUGUUCUGGGCGCCUGGGACACGGUUAAAAAGGCCCAUGAACAAGCAGAAAGGGAGAUCGAGACACCAGAGCUGGUAGACGUUAUUAACCGAAAGAUCGCGGAUAUGUCGUUGCAAGGAAAUGAGCCAACCGAACCUCAAGCUCAGGAGAAUGCUGGGAUGGAAAUGGACGGUGUUCAGCUUCAGAUGCCGUUUGGGUUUGGUGACCCAGGCAUGUUCUUCAACAUGGGUGGACAACCUGGGUUUGACCCCGUUACUUCGGCACCAUAUAUGGCGAGUAGUUCGCCGUUGACGGUGAAUAUGAAUCAACUUAACUGGAGCUCGAUGAACUGGGGAAUGUCUGGGAUGGGUGAGAAUGGGAAUUGGUAG